AUGUCGAAUGAGGACGCGCACAAGGAGCUGUUUGAUGCGGGGAUUGUGAUAAGGAGGAAGGUUAUGGGAGAUGACUAUGUCGAUAACCAGCUCAGGGCGGGAGUAUCCGAAUUCAUGAAACCAAUGCAAGAACUUGUGACUGAGGCCGCGUGGGGAACGAUAUGGACGCGCCCAGGGCUAGAACUGAAGCAGCGCAGCCUGAUAGUCAUAGCCUUACUAGCCUCUCAAGGAAAGGAAGCAGAGCUCACAGGGCAUAUCAGAGGCGCGGUGAAUAACGGGGCGACUGAAAUUGAGAUCAGAGAGACGCUUUUGCAUGUAGCUGGGUACUGCGGUGCGCCGUCGGGGAUGUGGGCCUUUAGAGUUGGCGACGCCGCGAUCAAGAAAUUGAAAGAGGAGGGAAAGCUACCCCAGUGA